UUCCCAGAAGGGAUGCAGAUGGCGGUGUUUGGCAUGGGAUGUUUCUGGGGAGCAGAGAGAAAGUUCUGGCAGCUGUCAGGAGUUUUCUCCACACAGGUGGGCUUCUCGGGAGGCUUCACCCCCAAUCCUACUUACAAAGAAGUUUGCACCGGGAAGACAGGACACGCUGAAGUAGUCAGGAUUGUGUUUGACCCACAGAAAAUCAGCUACGAGGACCUUCUCAAAAUUUUCUGGGAGAGCCAUGACCCCACUCACGGCAUGAGGCAGCACAACGAUGUCGGCACACAGUACCGUUCAGCCAUCUAUACCUUUGGACCUGAGCAACUGGAAUCUGCCCUGAGGUCCAAAGCAGUAUAUGAACAGGUGCUGGCUAGGAAGCUAUUGGGACCAAUCACCACUGAGAUCCAGCAGGCUGGCGCAUUCUAUUAUGCCGAAGAUUACCACCAGCAGUACCUGCACAAAAUCCCGGAUGGCUAUUGUGGCUUACAAGGCAGUGGCGUUGCUUGUCCCAUUGCUAAUGGAGAUGAGCCCUAA